AUGAAAAAUUAAAAAAAGUAAGGGUUUAUUGACGAUUUGUUUUCAACAAUCUUAGAAAUUAUAGAGGAUAAACCAUUAUACACAAUCCCUAUUGGAGUUUAUUGCAUAUUGAUUUAAAUAUACCACCACUAAAAUGCAGGGUAUUUUAUGUCUAAUUAUGAAUUAAAACCAAUGACUGACCCUAAAAUGGGAUUUGUAGCUCACUUAAAUGAAAUAGCUCCUGGCACGUUUCUCUGUUAUUAUAAGGCAAACGAUGUAAUAACAAUAUUUGUGUAUUGCAUGCUUAAUUUUAUUCUGUACUUUUACUUUUCAUACAUUUUGAUACUUACUUGGUUAAAGAGACAUCAUCAUGAGAAGAUAGACUAAAAUAAGAAGCUUUUUACUUCUAUAAAUAGAAUUUUAAAUACCUUUUUUACAGUCUUUUGGUGGAUCUUUUUUAUUCCAUUCAUAGAAAUCAAUAGCGGUGUCAUGGUGACUGGAGGUAACUCAUUUUUAACAAACAGUCGUACUGGAUUAGGAAAUGAUACAAACUAUGCAGAUAAGCCUAAGGUUAUACUUGUUUAAAGUACUAUUGGCCUGAUUCUUACUAACUUAACUGCUGUGAUUGUUCUCUUUUUCUUUAGAAAUUAUGAGUUUCAUGAAACAAAUUUAUUAAAAAGACGUUCAAGUGUAGUUCUAUUUAUACUAGUUGCAUCGAGAUUCUCUUUGACUUUCUUUUAUUAUUUAAAUUUUCCAAUAGUAGCUGUAAUUAAACAGUAUAUUGCGUAAUCAAUCGGUAUAUUAGGAAUAUAUGAUUUUCUAGUAUAUUUACCAUUCAAAAACAGAAGUAUAGCAUAUUAUUAUGGUAUUACCUAUUGCUUCUUUUAUGUUAUGGUAUGGAUCACUAAUCUGUGGUAAUUGAGUGAUUUGAUGCCUUCAUAAGAACAGUUCUACUUAUUUUUUAUCUUAGGAUGCGUGAGUGGAGCAGCAAUAAUAACUGCAUAUAACUACUAAACAGAUGCUUUAAAGAAAAUUGAAAACGAUAACUUUGAAAAAUACUACAAAAAAUAUGAUUACUUUUUAGAAGAAUUGAUGAGGCUAACAAUUAAUUCUACAAAAGAAGAAUCUGAAAAAUUUUAAGUACUGUAAAUAAUUCAUAAUCACAGGUAGAAAUGCAAUGAUCCAGAAUGUGUUUGCCAUGAAAAGUCUAUUGUUGAUUUUAAAAAUGACAUAAAUGUAGAUGUUAUAAUUACAUUUAUAAUCUAACGAUUUACUUGGGCGAUAAGUAACUAAACAGUUUAAAAGGAUACAGCAGAGUUUGAGCAUUUAAGUUUAAAAUAUAUUAGUUUUUUAACAAAAUAUAAAAAUAAUUCUCCAAAAGCUUAUAAUGAAUUAAAGACUCUGCAAUCUAAAAGGAAAAAUAUAUCAAUUUAUUUUAAGACCCUUUCUAACAUCCUUUCUAAAAAUAUAGAGUUUAUUAUGAAUUAGAAAUAUGUAAGAGUCCAGUCAGAAAUGAACUAAAAAAUGAAACUUAAUGAAGAACUCUAAAUUAAGGAUUUGAUUUAGGUGGAAGAAUUCAAAAACUAGCUUUUAAACCCAAUAAAAGAGUAUUGUCAGCUAAAGAUUAAUUUUUGGUAGAAAUUAAGAGCAGGUUUUUCUAAUUUCGAAUAACUCAAGUAGUAUACAUAGCCUAUUUCUUAAUUUGGAAUUGAGCUCAGCUAAAAAUUUAAAUAAGAAAUUAGCAAAUUAGAGGGAACAUAAAUAAGAAAUAAUACUCUUUUUUACAAGAUAAAAUCUCUAAUGUCUGUAAUAGUUGUUAAUGAAAUAAAUAUAGCUUACAAAGACCAAUCAUACAUUAAAGAUUUGCUAAAGAGAGAUGACACUAAUAGAUCUGAUACACUCUCUAAUAUGAAUCUUCUUUUUGGUAAUAUAGAUUACAUCAUUAUAUCUGUCUCUAAAGAUAGAGGAAAGAUGCUCUAAAAAUCAACUGAAAAGCUAGCAAGAUUCUUUGACUAUAACUUAUAAGAUUUUUAACUAAUAAAAUAUAUAAAAUUAUUAAUGCCAUCAUUCAUAGGAAAUAUUCAUAAUAAUUUAGUCGAAAAUAUGCUUUUUAGAGGUUACUCAAGCUGUGUUUCUUCUGUGAUUAAUUCAUUUGGCUUAUCCAAAUAUGGUUUCAUCUUUCCUAUGAAUAUAUAUAUAAAUCAUUUAUAUGAAAAUCGAGAAGACUUUUAGAUGCAUGGAACUUUAUUGAAAAUCAACACUCCAAAUUAAUAUAUUUUAUUUGAUAACUCUGGAAAUAUUUUAGGCAUUACAUUUUAAUUAUUUAUGAAAAUGUUUGAUGACGAAUAGAAGAGUGAUGACUACAACUACGAUUUAUUUAAUUUAGAUUCUAUUAAAAAAACUUAAAUGUAGCAAAAAGUUAAAUAGUUUUAAGAAAGAGUUAAUGUAUAAUUUAUACUACCACAAAUAUCAAAAUUAAUUUCAACAUAUGCAGAUUAGUUAGAUGAGAGUAGUAAACAAUCUCGAAUGAGAUCGUAAGUCAUGGUGAAUAGCUAUCAUAUCAGACUAAAAAUCCCUCAAAAUUUAUUUGAAGUUGUCUAAAUUUAUAGGAGAAGAUAAAAUAAUCUUUCAAGAAGCUUAAGAAGUGUCAAAUCUAGUGUGAAUACUUAAAUUCAAGAACCACCUUCAGCUAAGGUGGAUUUGUUAAAAGGUGAAAAUGUUUCUACAUACAAAGAAUUUAUUUAAGAAAAUAAAGAAUAUUAUUUAGGAGAAAAUUGCUUAAAUGACUUUGAUAUGAAGACUCAACUUUAAUAUAUUUAGCUAGUUCAUGGUGAAAAUUUCUAAGAGAACACUUCGUAUUUUUAAUUAUAAAUCUCAGAAAUAAAUAGAAUCAAAUAAAGAUCUACUACUCUUCAUAUGAAUACUUUAUAUCCAAAAUCUUAAUUUGCAAGCGUCUAAUAUAAUUCAAAUUCUAUUCCUCAUUGGGUUAAUGAAAAAGGAGGAAACGUUGUCUCUCCAAAUAAUGAAAAUAUUCUAAAUGGUUCUCAAGUUGGGUUUCCUAUGUCUUUAUUUAAUAAAAUAAAUUAGCAACCAUAAUAAGAAGACUUGCUUCAAAGUAAUGGGGAUUUAUUAUAAUCUGCAAGCUUUAAUGUUGGUCAUAUUUAAAAUCAAUAAGUAGAUUUAGAUAGAACUCAUAAUGCAGAUAAUUCUAAUCUUUUCAUGUUUGAAAGCGAAACUAAGCGUGAUGCCUAGUAGAUAUAAUUUAUUUAAUAAGAUGAUCAUCUUAUUCAAAUAUAAUCUACAAAUAGACAUGAGUAAGAUUAUUAGAUGACUACGAUAGAUAGAAAUAAUAACCAGGGUUUUUAAAUGUCUUCAAUCUAAGAAUCAGAAAGACCUUUUUAAUAAAAGCCAAUUAAAGACUAAUACCUAUAUCCUAAAUAAUAGAAUGCAAAUGCUUCUGAAAUAGAAAUAGUCUCUCCAACUUAAAACUCGGAAAGAGAAAUCCCUUUUAAAAAAAUAUAAACAGAAUUAAAUAACGUCAGUAUGGGAUAUAUUUAACAAGCGAAUUAAAAUGACUUAAAAAAUACAAAAGAAUAUUAUGAAGAAAAUGUCAAAGAAAGAAAAAAUACUAACGAGCAUGAGCACGACAUAGAAAACCAUUAAAGAUAGUAACAAUAUUUUGACAAGUUAAAUACAGCAUAAAUUAUUGAAAAAUAAUUUUCGAUUUGGGAAAAAAAAGAAGAUGCUGAUAAUCAUGAGGAUCCAAAAUAACUUUUAAAGGAAAAUUAAGAUGGUAAUGAAAUAGAUGAAAUAUUUGAUUCAAAUCAGCAAAAGCUUGAGUAAAAGAAAGAUGAGUCUGAAAAACAAAGAAAUAGUGUAAAAUCAGCUACAGAAUCAGAUGCUUAAGAGUUUAGAUAUCAGCCUUAGCGAUUUAAUACAAAUAGUAAAUAAUCAACUAAAUCUAAAAUUAAAACUAAAGAUGAAAAUAAAAACUCAGUAGCAUCUUCUAUACAGAGUACAAGAUUCGAUAAUGAUAUAAUAAAAGAUAUGAUUAAUACCAAAAUGAUGCCUACUGCUUAUUAGAAGUUUGUAUUGCUAAGUUUUCUAUUCCCUAUGGUGCUUCUAAUAAUGAGCUUUAUUUAUAUAAUUACUAUGACUCAAAAUUAUUAAACUACAAUAAGUAAUAUGCAAAAUAUUUAAAAUUAUCAAUACCUUUCUACAAAUUAUGCUAGAUCUACCUUAAAUUAAAUGGUAUUCCUCCUCAUGUAAAACUAGUAAUUUACUCCAUCUUCAUUUACAAAUUAAUAUUUGGCAUAUUACACUUAGGAUUUGUCUGAUUCUGAAUAAGAAUUUUAUAAAUAUCUCUAAAGUUAUUAUAACGAAAUUUAAGUUCUUAAUGAGGAAGUAAUAAUUGGAAAUAAUAGUACAUAUAAUGUAUCAAUCUCUUAAGUCUCGAAAACUUACUAUAAUUAAUUAAGCUAUCCUUAAUUUAUAGACUAUUCUUAUAAUUCUAUGAAUCAAUUCGUUAAUAACACUUCAAUUGCAAUGGCACCAAUAAACUCUUUCUAAUUCAUGAGUGAUAAUUUUGCUUUAAAUAUUAACUUACACUAAUAGCUUAUAGAUAAGUAAUACAGUCUUCUUAAUGACCAUCUAUAGACAAUUUAAACUUUGUAUAUAACAAUUUUCUUGGUUUAGCUGGUUACAACCCUUUCUUUUUUAGUUUUGCAAAUUCCUCAAAUCAUAGAAUUACAUAGAUAUCAAGAAAAAGUAUUCAUGCUUGUUACAAGAAUUUACGAUUUAGAAACUCUUAAAGAAAUAAAUAAACUAAAUAUCUUCCUUGAAAUAUUAUAACACCCUUAAUAAAUAUGGAUGAAAACAGAUUUCGCAAAGUUAUCUACAAAAGAAAUUCAUCUAAAUGCAAAUAUGAAAAAAACUGGUAAAUAAGUUGUUUUAUCUUCUUAGAUAUUUGACUAAAAGGUAAAGUAUCUAUAGUCAUUGACUUAGAUUAUGAUUUUAUUCGUUUUGGCUUAAAUUUACUUUGGUGCUAGCAUAAUAUAUAUUUCAGUAGAACAAAAUAAUAUCAAGGAUUCUUUGGCAGUUGAUAAAAUAUGUUAACAAACAAAUUUAGCUAUGAAUUCCUUUACGUAUUCUUCUGAAAUUUUAGUAUUUGAAGGUGUUAUUAGAGCCUAAUUUCCUGAUUUUAAUUAACUUGAUAGAAAUGGCUUUUUAACUUUGCAGAAAUAAGGUUAGCAACAAAUGAGUAUAUUUACAUCAAACCUUUAAAAUACAUUAUCAAAAUUUAAUGUAUUUGAUAGUUAGACUCUUAAUAAUGUGAAUUCGUUGGUGAAAUAGGAUAUUUGCUAGGUUUUAACUUGCUAGUAAAGCUAAAACAGCUCAUAUACAAAUGGUAUUGUAGGCAUUAUUUAGUAGUAAAUAAAUAUAGUUGCUUCUUUUAAUGACAUUACUUAAAGUCCAACCACCCCAACUGAUAAUGACUAAAUUCUCAAAUUUCUUUUGCUGUAAGAAUAAAUAAAUAAUUUAUUAUAAGCGUUUAAUAUACCUUUAUAAGCAAUGCAGUAGCUAAUCUAAUAUUUUACAGAUGGAAAUAAAAAUACUAUAAAUAGCCUGAUCAUCUUCAUAGAACUCUAUGUAAUUGUGGUAGGUUUAUUUAUAGUUAUUGUAUCAGUAUACUCCACUUUUAGACUAAUGAGUAAAUUGAAAAAUUAAACCUAAGAAAUAAACUUUUUACUAACCUUCAUACCCCAUGAAAAAAUGACUGAAGAAGCAACCCUCCAUAUGCUUAAAUCACUAUCUAAUUGCUACUGA